AUGGCUCCACAGACAAAGACUAGGGCCUUUAAAGCCCCUACGAUUAAGAUCGGAAGGCCAGGAUACAGAAUCACUAAGAUGAGGGACCCUGUUACUAAGCAGCCGGCGCUGCUGUUCGAAAUUGAGUUUCCAGAGAUUCAGGGCGCACCCAAAUACAGGUUCAUGUCUGCGUUUGAGCAGAAGAUGGAAAUACCGCCGGACCCGAAUUAUCAGUUUUUACUAUUUGCGGCAGACCCAUAUGAGACAAUAGGCUUCAAGGUUCCCAAUUUGGAAAUCGACAAUGGUCCUAACAAGUUAUACACCUACUUUGACGAGAAGAGGAAGUUGUUUAUAUUUCAAGUCCAUUUUAAGUUGAAUAAGACUGUAAAGCCGCUUCCCGGACUACCUCAACGUCCAACUAAGUUUGAUCAUGUUGGACCAGGACCGCAGCUUUAA